GUUAAAUUUGAAUAAUGGCUUCUUGUGUUUGGAGGAGGCUUGUAAAUGUACAAGGUUUCCGAGUUAUUGCGCAGAAUUUAACGAAACAGACAGCAAGAGCGUCAGUUUAUCGAAAAUUUCACGUGUCGACAAUCGCUCAACAAAAGUAUUUUUCUGAGAAGCAUGAAUGGGUGUCACUUGAAGGAGACGCCAACAUAGGUACAGUUGGAAUCACAGACUAUGCACAGGACAAGCUCGGGGAGAUAGUGUUUGUGCAGUUACCGGAAAUAGGCCAGACUCUGGAGGCUGAUGGUGAGGCGGGGGCUCUUGAGAGUGUGAAGGCAGCCAGUGAUCUCUACAGCCCCAUCUCUGGCACAGUCACGGAAAUCAACGAGACUGCCAGGGACGAACCAAAGAUAGUCAAUGAAAGCCCUCAUGAAGAUGGAUGGCUGUUCAAGAUGACAGUUGGUGACGCCAAGGAUCUUGAGGAGCUGAUGGAUGAGGGGACUUACACAGAGUUCCUUAAGACGUGUGACUGAGGCCCUACCAGGGGUCCAGCAUCAGGAAGCAAACUUGCCUCACAUGUUUUGUUUUAAUUAUUGUGGUUUCUGGUUGUUUGUUAGUAUGAGUUUUGUGCAAAACACAACUUGGAGAAAUUAUAAUAUUUUCGUAUGAAUAGAAAAUACUUGUGUUUUGCACCAAACUCAGAACACGAAAGACAUAGAGGCACUGCAAGCUCCUGUAUACUUGAAAAUGAGGAUUUGUGUGGGUGAAUGUAUGUAAUUUGAUUUCACUAGGAUCAUGUUAUUAAGUAAUAAAGGAAUUAGAGAAGAAUAAUAUGACUGUAUAAGGAUGCUUAAUUUGUGACUGCAUGUUCUUGGCAUUUAUUUAAGAAAUCUCAACUGUCCAGACUUUAUGGCUUUUUUUAUCUUGCAAUUUUCUGUAUUUUAAUUAUCAUGAUUACUGGUUUGUAAUUUUUGCUUUUCAAAGAUGUAAUAAUUGGCCUCUGACUUAUGACAUUUUUGUGCAUUCCUCAGGUAAUUCCUUUAUUUCAUGGAUGAAAGCAGAGGUACGAUCACGGACCUAUGGUUUAUAGGCCGUGGUACAAUGUUACACUUAAAAAGCAGCCAGAACCUUUCUUUUGUCAUGACUCCUCAAAGUGUAUUAUACAUGUUUAAGAUGUUGUAUGAUAUUAUUAGCAGAAAACAGCUGAUUAACAUGCAUAGUAUGUAAUAGUGUUUAUGAUUCGAAUGUUGAUCCUUUAUACAUGAAGACGUUUUGAUUGAUUUUGUUAUCCUGACCCAAGUUCGCGAUUUGGAGAGUUUCAAGGCAAUAUUCAAAUGCGAUGUAAUUUUAAACAUUAAUAUGUACAAUAUGUGAAGUAUAUUUUUCCUGAAAUCUACAUCUUUAUUGUUAGCACUAAGCGACACUUCAUUUAUAGAGUCUUCCUUGUGGAAUCUUGUGUGCUUGUGUCCUGUAGUUCAGGGUAUGAUGUAGGUUUUAUCUAUGCAGUUUAGACUACCAAAGACACUCGAACCUUUAUAACUUGGCUAUCUUAGAUGUUUUUUUAGAUAAUACUAGAUGUAUUAAUCAACAUAUUGAUGAUUGAUAUCUUGUGUAUAUUCGGGGUUAUUCAUUCCUUUGUCUCCCAGUAUCUGAUAAUGCUGAGUAUUAUUAUUGGUGAAUCUAUUCCACAUAUAACAUAGUUUUCUAUACUUGCAUAAGAAACAAUAAUAAAUGCGUGUUUUUAAAAUACUGUAUAAAAUAGUUUUCCUUCAA